AUGAAACUAAAGCAACAUUGGAAAAAUCCACUACCCAUCACUCACUGGACCCCAUCCAACACCAAUCACUGCUCCUGGCCUGAAAUCAUCUGCACUCGCAAUUCCAUCACCCGACUUUACCUCAACAACACCAGCAUCUCCCAAACAGUCCCAUCCUUCAUUUGUGACCUUAAAAAUCUAACCGUGCUGGACCUGCAUUACAACGAUAUUUCGGGAGAAUUUCCAAGAGUUCUCUACAGCUGUUCUAAGCUUGAGUAUCUAGACCUCUCUCAGAACUACUUUGUUGGUCCCAUACCUGAUGAUAUUGACAGCUUGUCUCAGCUCCGUCACUUCAGUCUAGGCUCCAAUAACUUUUCACUCGACAUUCCUGCAAGUGUUGGGAACUUAACGGAGCUUCGGGUGCUUCAGCUUUAUCGGAAUCAGUUCAAUGGUUCUUUCCCACCUGAAAUUGGCAGUCUGCACAACCUUGAAAUAUUAGAAUUGGCAUAUAAUACAAAAUUUGUGCCAUCAAAGUUGCCUUCAAAUUUCUCGCAACUGAGAAACCUGAAGACUUUGUGGAUGACUGAAUCAAAUUUGAUUGGUGAAAUUCCUGAAUCUAUUGGCAAUAUGACUGCGCUUGAGUGGCUGGAUAUAUCACAAAAUCGUUUGAGCGGGAAAAUUCCCAGCGGUGUUUUCAUGCUGAAGAAUUUAAGAAUUUUAUAUCUUUACAGAAACAUGUUGUCGGGGCAGAUUCCACAGGUUGUUCAGUCAUUGAACUUGACUGCCAUUGAUCUCUCAGAGAGCAAUUUGACUGGGACAAUACCAACUGAUUUUGGGAAGCUUGAAAAUUUGUCAGGCUUGAUUUUGAUGUUCAAUAAAUUAUCUGGCGCAAUUCCAGAAAGCAUUGGGCGGAUUCCAACUUUGAAAGAUGUCAGAUUGUUUAAAAACAAUUUAUCAGGUGCUCUUCCUCCAGACUUUGGUCGAUAUUCAGCACUUGAAGAUUUCGAGGUUUCAUCCAAUAACAUUUCAGGAAAGCUGCCUGAACACUUAUGUGCUGGAGGUAAGUUGGUCGGACUAGUAGCUUUUGAUAACAAUCUUAGUGGAGAAUUACCUGAAUCUCUUGGGAAUUGUAACAGUUUGUUAAUGAUUAGCAUUUACAACAAUGGUUUUACUGGGAAAAUUCCCGUGAGGUUAUGGACGGCAUCGAAUUUGUCGCAUGUGCAGAUAAGUGAUAAUAAGUUUACAGGUGAGCUUCCUGAUAAAAUGUCAAGGAAUCUCUCCCUUCUUCAGAUGAGCAACAAUAUGUUUUCUGGUAGAAUUCCGGCUGGAGUGAGUUCUUGGACGAAUCUGCAAAAAUUUAAUGCCAGUCAUAACCUUUUUAGCGGCACAGUUCCAAGAGAAUUAACUGCUCUUCCUGCUUUAACUAUUCUUUGGCUCGAUCAAAACCAACUCUCUGGCACUCCAUCAGAUGUGAUCUCAUGGAAGAGGCUUACUACUUUAAACCUUGGUGGAAAUCAGCUCUCUGGAGAAAUUCCAGAGGAAAUCCGUUCUUUACCUGUCCUUAAUGAUUUGGACUUGUCAGAAAACCAAUUUUCUGGACAAAUCCCACGUCAACUUGGUCUCUUGAGGCUCACCUCCCUCAACCUCUCUUCCAAUCAUCUCAUUGGAGAAAUCCCAAGUGAGUUCGAAAAUGGUGCAUAUGCCAGUAGCUUCUUGAACAAUCCUGGUCUCUGCGCACGGAGCUCAUUCAUAAACCUCAAAAUCUGCAGGUUUCCACCCCAAAAAUCAAGAAAUUUUUUAUCCAAAGAAUUCGUGUCGAUACUAAGUGCAGUCGUUGCCGUCUUUUUGUUGGCCUUGGUACUGUUAUCCUUCAUGUUCAGAGCUUACGGCAAGAGAGAAAAUCGACUGAAUACUACAUCGGAUAUGAAGAUGACUAAAUUCCAGGAUUUGAAUUUCACAGAAAAUGAUAUUCUGACUAAAGUGAAAGAAGAAAACGUGAUUGGAAGUGGUGGUUCUGGAGAAGUGUACCGUGUUCCUGUAAAUAGUUCUGGUGAUGUUGUUGCCGUGAAAAGAAUUUGUAAUAACCAAAAGUUAGAUCAAAAACAGGAGAAACAAUUUUUAGCAGAAGUUGAGAUACUAAGUAAUAUUAAGCAUUCGAACAUAGUAAAACUGCUUUGCUUCAUUUGCAAUGAGAAUUUAAAAUUUCUGGUGUAUGAGUAUCUGGAAAAUCAUAGCCUGGAUUUUUGGCUGCAUCAAAAGAAUCUGUCAUCAAUUCUUUCUGGCUCUGGCUCUGGCUCAGUGCAUCAUCCUGUCCUGGACUGGCCCAGGAGGAUACAGAUUGCAGUGGGGGCUGCCCAGGGACUCUGCUACAUGCACCAUGACUGCUCCCCGCCCAUCGUCCAUCGAGAUGUGAAAUCAAGCAAUAUCCUGCUGGAUUCGGAGUUCAAUGCAAAAAUAGGAGAUUUUGGUCUAGCUAAGACCUUGAUGAAGGAUGGAGAACUUGCCACAAUGUCAUCUGUGGCUGGCUCAUGUGGUUACAUUGCUCCAGAGUAUGCUUAUACAACGAAAGUGAACGAGAAGACAGACAUUUAUAGCUUCGGGGUCAUCCUUUUGGAACUGACAACAGGAAGAAAAGCUAAUGGUGAUGAGGAUACGUGCCUCGCCAAAUGGGCGUGGCGUUACCUUCAAGAAGGUAAUCCUGUAAUUGACGCUUUGGAUGAGGCGAUGAGGAAACAUUGCUACUUGGAUGAAAUGAGUCGAGUAUUUGAACUUGGCAUCCAUUGUACAAGCAACCAACCUUCUGAUAGGCCCAACAUGAGGACUGUUUUGCAAAUCUUAUUCAACUGUCAUUCUGAGUCCAGAAAGAAGAAUGCAGCAAGUAAACACGAUACGUUUUCAGUCCUGACAAAUUCAGAACAGGGGACGAUGUCAAAAUGUGAUGAUGCUGUUGUGAGUCUUUAA